AUGACAGAGGAGUUAUUUUUUACACAAGACAAAAACAUGCCAGGAAUUCUCAGAGCCCCAACCAUUCAAGAACAGGGAGAUAUGAAGGGAGUCUGCAUGGCCCAAAGGCAGACAUGCUAUUGUAAAGAGCUGCCAGAAGAGAGCACUAAUGAAAGGGAACUUGGAAACCUUGCUGUGGUGAUUGACACCUGGGAAAUUUUCAGCCCAGAGAGAAGUAGUGUAGGAUCCAUGUGGCAAGAACAGGAAUCUACAGUGACUCAACAGCUGACUCAGUUCCUAGUAGCUCCUCAUGGUAAUGACAUCGCAGCUGCUUUGUUGACUCAUCGUCUGCGGGUCUCACUACCGCUGCCCGUGAGCGCCCAGGCCGAGAUCCAGCGCCUCGCGCCCGCCUCGGCGUGUCUCCCCUGGGAUUUCUUUCUGAGGCGCCAGUGCCGGCCCAAACCCUGGCCACAGCUUUGUUGCGUCCUCCCCUUAGUGAUCGGCUCCUGGUUCCCGAACAAGGACCCCGGAAGUGCGCGUCGGUGGCUCCGGCGAAGGCAAAGAAAUGGAGGCACAGAGAGGCCAAGCAGUUUGCCCAAAGUCACACAGCUAAUGAGUGAGCCUGAGAAGCCAACUGAGGCCAACCAAGUUUCAGAACCUCUACUGUCUGAUACUAGCAUCUCCAAGGAUGAAUCAUUCUAACCAGAUACUCCUCUACUCUUAACAGUACACCUCUCCCCAG